AUGGCCGCAAACGACCGCAAGCCCACCAACAACCAGCUUUCUCUCGACUUGCCUGGUCCAACCGCAUACUGGACCGGCCACAAUGACAGCAGUGGGAAGGCCAUCGUCCACUCGAAGCACCCAGUCGAUUGGGUGAAGUACGAUGAUGACAGGCUUGCUAUGGCCGUUGCCUAUACGACUUCUUUCCCGGCGGAUCUCAACAAAGAUGCGGACGUUGCAAAGCACGAGGAGAAGGUCAAGAGCGGAAAGCUUGGUCUGGUCUCCGGUGGUGGAACCGUCCUCCGAUACGUCGACUUCGCGCCUGGCUAUGAGUGCAUGAUGCACCGCACGCAGUCGGUGGACUACGGCAUUGUGUUGGAAGGUCAAGUCGAGUCCAUCCUGGACUCAGGAGAAGUACAGCUCAUGGGUAGAGGUGAUGUGAUGGUCCAGAGAGCCACCAUGCACGCGUGGAGGAACCCCAGCAAGACGGAAUGGUGCCGUAUGAUCUUCUGUUUGCAGGACUGCCAGCCGCUGUUUGUUGCCGGCCAGAGAUUUGGAGAGGACUUGGGCAGAGGCACUGAGGGUGUGCCACCAUCUGGCAAUGACUAA